CUCAAAUGAACGAUUGAUUGAUUGCACAUUGCUUGUCUACUCAUCAGUCAACACACACGCAUACAAGCAAGCUCCCCCCCUACGCACAGCUACGCAUCACUUACGCAACUACUCACUGCCUGUAUGGCAACACGAGUAUUGCGUCUGGGUUCUCCUGUCUGCUCUCUUCCUCGUCCACAAAUAGAACGCCGACCUUUGCAUCAGGCUCAUUCUCAUGCGCCAAGUUCACCUGAAACAACACGGCAUCAUCCAUCCGACGAUAUGACAUGUGAGAAUGCUUACCUCGUGAAACGUCAGCUCUGCGAUAUUGAACAGAUGCCCAGCUCUGUCAAUUGAUGCUCGCUUGACACGAAAUGAAGCCUCAUCUCUAUCUUCACCUCUCAUAUGUUGGAGCUCACACGGAUGCAGUCGGUAGUACAAACCAAAGGAUAUGUGGUAACCAUACAACUGCCACUGCUUUCCCUCCUCAUCACGAAAGGACUGCGGGACACGAAC